AUGCAUGAUAUUGGAAGACCUUUUAUGAGUCUUGUGUUUCCCGAGUACACGGUAAUGUGCUUGCGAAGGGAAGGAGCCAGAUUUAUUUCGCUCUCGGAUACUGCUAAUGGACAGUACGAUUACCCGGUACCGAUUAUGGAUCGCACUCGAUACGAGCCCGCUCACUUCUUCUCAAUCUGCUUGGCUCCUAUCUAUGGGCCAGAACCAAAAUGGCUUCAGCUUGCCGAACUUGUUGAGCAUUACAAGAUUCAGGUUUUAUACUUUCUAGAUAUGAGAAAUAAUAAAAACCCUUUUACACCACUCAUUCAAAUAGUUGUUUAUUCUUAUUUUUAA